AUACUUCUCAAGCAAACUCUAUAUUAUAUGUAUAUAUUGGUAGAAUUCUCAUAGAACCCAGAUAAUAGAUGAGUUGAAUAGAGGGCUUCUUCCAUGGAGGAGGUGGUGGUGGAAGCUCUUCGACUCAGCGGCCGAGAUGGGCGGAUUGCGGCGGCGAGGGAGGUUGCUAAGUAUAAUAGUAAGCAAAGACAGAGGGUGGCUGAAAAGGGAGUAAUUUCACCAUUGGUUUUGAUGCUCAGUGAGCAAGAUUAUGAAGCCAUUGAAGCUGCACUCUUUGCUUUGCUCAGUCUGGCCUUUGGAAGUGAAAGAAACAAGAUUCGUAUUGCAAAAUCUGGUGCAAUACCAGAGAUUUUAAAGAUUAUUCAAUGCCAAAUCAUGCCAUUGCUUGAUCUAGCAGCAGCAGCCCUCUUGAUUCUCUCUUCUUGCACACAAAACAAGCUAGAAAUUGCAGCAUCUGGAGCCAUUCAACUUCUUAUUAAUCUCCUAAAUUUGAACUGUGACAAUGUAAGUAUGCAGGCAAAGCUUGAUUUUAUAUCAACUCUCCACAAUCUUUCAACAUGUCCACAAACUGUCGGACAACUUGCCCGUUCGGGUUGUGUAGUAUCCCUGCUUCAGCUUAUCUAUGGCUUAGAAAAAUCAUCAGAUUUGGUGGAAAAAAUUAUGGGUUUGCUUGAAGAGAUUGUUUCUUCAUCAGAUAUUGCUCUAAAGGAGGCUGCAGAAACCGGGGGCUCGAUCCCGACACUCGUGGAGGCUAUGGAGGAUGGAUCAACACAAUGUAAAGAACAUGCAGUGGGAAUUCUUCUAGUUAUAUGCCAGAACUGUAGAGAUAGAUACAGAGGGAUUAUUUUGAGAGAAGGUGUGAUGCCAGGGCUUCUUCAGUUGAGUGUUGAUGGAACAUGGAGGGGUAAGGAAAAGGCCAAAGAAUUGCUUCUGCUUUUAAGAGAUUGCUCAAAUUGUGGAUCAAAAAGUAAACAAUCCAAAAAUGUGCUGUUGGAGAAAGUUAUGAGGGAGAUAGAUAGAGGAGAAAGAGGUGGAACCUCGCUCAAGUUGGUCGAGGAGAUGAUUGCAAAACUUAGGACAUGAUUAACCGGACAUUUUCGAGCAUGUUUCUCUUGUUUGAUGGUGUCAUGUACAAUGUUGUAAGUGUGUCCUUGGUGUUUAGCUAGCUAGUAUUACUACGUUUUCAUUUUUCUUUCUAUAGGAAUCAACUUGGAUAGUCUUAAUCUUUUGUCUCCAGUGGACAAGAUAAAAACUUUCCACCGUUGACUUGGCAACAGAAUCUAAAGUUAUGAUUCUUUGAAAUGGUCAUAAAUACGGAGAACGAUAACUAAUGUUCUCUUGUGGUGAGAAAUUUUUAUCCUGCUCAAUUUUAUGAACUUGAAGACUAUAAUUCUUUGUACAAAACUAACUAAUUGAUGA